AUGCAAUCUCGCCGAAAACCCGUCUGUGACGCCUGUCGGGCGCGCAAGAAACGAUGCGAUGGAGCACGCCCGCGUUGUGAAUCGUGCGAGAAAUGGGAUCAACCUUGCCACUACAGCGACAACUCCUGGCGCCGCACUGAGAGAGUACACGGCCCGUGGGCUGCUCCUUCUGCCCGCCGCAUAUCUACUGCCACCAUUACUGCCUUUUCCCCACCACAACCCUCAACCACCGCCGACUUCUGGUCACCAUCUUCUCACCCCUUAUCCACCCCAGACCCUGCAAACGAUUGGCUGAACGAUGUUCUGUCUUUUCCUGCCUCCACCGACUAUUGGUCGAGUACCGACGUGAUCAGCUGGCCGAAUUCCUUACACGGCGAGAGUCAGUCUGCUGAGCCGACUUGCCUUCCCUCAAUUCCUCGCAUCAUCGAACUCGUCGACUUGUUCUUCUCCCACUUUCAUGUCUUUGUUCCUUGUCUGCACGAGAAAUCCUUCCGAGAAACAAUAUACAACUUCCAGAAUCUGCCAGGAGACCCUUCCGCCGUCCUAGUCUACACUGUGCUUGCAAUCGCGGCAAGCAUGCAUUCCGACCCAUCUACAAAGGCUUGUCAGGACGACUGGUUCUCAAAGGCAAAAGAGCUCUAUAAACGUUCUAAGAAAAUACAUCCCAAGUCUACACAACUCGUUCAAGCUGCUGCUUGUAUCAUGUUUCAAGCCAUGGUGUCGGGCGAUACCCAAGGCCUCUGGUGGACGAUGGGAGACGCUUGGAAGCGGGCAUGCUCAAUCGGCUUCAACCGUAUCGAUGUUGCCAAUCCGCCAAGCCUGACUGCGCCUGCUCGGGAGACGGAGGAGUGUCGGAGGGCUAUAUGGACGAUUUUCAUCGUGGACAGGGGUACAAAUUUCCCCUGCGGCGUACCUCAUGCCAUUGACGAUCGUCAAUUUCUUGUGAACCUGCCUAUUCAUAACGAUCUGUUCAGAGGAACUGGAAUUUUGACUUCCGAAUCUGCUCAAUCCGUACCCUUUACCCGCUCUUUAAACUCUCUCAUCACCUCAAAGUACGACCUGGAUAAGCCUGUACCUAUGAUACAUCACCUCAUCAAGGCAUAUAUCAUCAUGGGCCGCAUAGCAGAACAUUCCUUCUCAUUACAUCCUGCAUCCGAGGCAGACUUGAUUGAUCAGGAAUUCAACGAUCUCGAUGCGAUACUUGUCCGCUUUCGACUCAGUCUACCCCUUACUGCAACAGACCUCUCCUGCACCUCCCCACUCGACUACAAAACAGUCGUUUGGUUCACCGCCAUACUACAUGGAAGCACAAUCCUGCUUCACUAUCGUGCAGCUUCUUCAGUUUGUACAGGUAGAUACUGCGGCAGCAGCAAUGGCAGUAGUAGCGAGAGUUUUCUGCCAGCGCGCUCCAGCUGGAGACUCUGCGUAGCAGCCGCUCGUGACAUCAUUCAGCUGAUCAAAGACGCUUCUCGCAUCGCCACUAAUACCCUCGUCAACCCUCACCUCUCGGCCAUCCUCUGCCUUUGCAGCCGAGUCCUCCUCAUCCAAUGGCACUACACGACCGACCGUAGUUUCAGAAACGACAUCGACUUGGUCCUGCUGGUAUUUGAACGGAUGUCAGAGGUUUUUCCCGUGCUCGGGCGCAAGUUUUGCGAUCGUAUCCGCAACGACCUACACCUAAGUUGCAAGGAUGUGCAAACAAUGUAUGAAUCUGGAUCGAAAGAGUUAUUGGAACAAUGUUCGGCCUGGAGGUUAGUUUAGCAGUAUUGCAGGGCGUGCAGUUUCG